AUGGCGCUGUUCGGGACUUCAGACGCCUUGAUGUGCAGGGCGUUCCCAACGACUCUGCGAGGACCGGCCCGCACAUGGUACAGCGGCCUGAAGCCGGGGACCAUCGCCUCCUUCGAUCAGCUCGCCAAGGAUUUUGAGCUUAACUUCCUGGCGUACGCCCGACCAAAGCCGUCCAUGGCGUUGCUCCUGGGGCUCAACCAAAAGGAGGAUGAGCCCCUCUCCCAUUUUGUGAACCGAUUUACGACGCAAAUCCGUGGAUUGUCGGAUGCUCACCCCUCUCUCUUGAUGCAGGCCUUCAUGACUGGCCUGCGGCCCUCCAGGUUCUUCUGGUCGCUCGUGGAGCGGCCCCUCGCCGCGGUCCCCGAGAUGCUCCAGCGUGCCAGUCAGUUUAUCGCCGCAGAAACCUGGAUGGCUGGAAAGCGGGAGGAGCACAAAAAGGUCAAGUCAGAGCCGCCCCGACAGCAACAACCCGUCGCCUCCCGGCGAAAGUUGGAUAGACCUGACCUGAGGCCUCCUCUUCCCGCCUUAAAUUCCUCCCGGACUGAAAUAUUCCUACAUGAGAGGGGAAAGGGGCUGCUCAGGGACCCUCACCCGAUGAAAAACCCGCGGGAGCUCGCAGACCGUUCGAAGUAUUGCCGAUUCCAUCGACAACACGGGCACGACACUAAGCAGUGCUACGAGUUGAAAAGACAAAUCGAGGAGCUCAUCCUCAGGGGUCAUCUCGGCCAGUACCUCCGGCUGAACAAAGAGCAAUCGCCUCGCCCAUAG